UUCGUUUCAUCAAAACAGCACAAUGUUUUGCUCCAGAAAUGCUCCCAAAUUUCCUGCAUUUCUAUACAGAAUAAGCGCAAAAAGACACGCAUCCUCAUCUUUAGGAAAUGCAUACCAACCCAAAGCCAUUGAAGGGCAGUCGCUGCCCAAGGAAAACUCCACUAAAAAUGGACUAAAAGGAGUGUUUAGCAUGAUCUUUCCACCACCAAAUGUAACUGGAGAUCUUCAUCUGGGCCACACACUCACUGCCACAAUUCAGGACGUCAUUGUCCGGAGGCAGAAGGAGAAAGACCUGCAGACGCUCUGGAUUCCAGGAAUGGAUCACGCGGGAAUCGCUACUCAAGUUGUUGUGGAGAAGAACCUGAUGAGAGAGCGAAACUUGUCCAGGUAUGAUUUGGGAAGGCAGCAGUUCCAGGAGGAGAUACUGAAGUGGAAAGCGCUCAGGGAGAAGAGCAUCCGGGACAAUCUGAAGUCCCAGGGAUUGUCAUUCUCCUGGGAUCGUGAGUACUACACAAUGGAUCAGCGACAAAAUGAGGCUGUGAUGAGGGCUUUUAUUGAGCUUCACGAGAAGGGAAUCAUCUACCGUGACACUAGUUUGAUAAACUGGUCUUGUUCCUUGGAAUCAGCAAUCUCUGACGUUGAGAUUGACAACGUGGAGAUCACCGGACCCACGGAAAUUUCUGUGCCUGGAUACGAGAAGAAUGUGAUCUUUGGGGAGAUCACUGACGUGGCUUACAAGGUUGAAGGCAGUGCGGACGAGAUUGUCGUGUCGACAACGCGUCCAGAGACGCUUCUGGGAGACGUGGCGGUCGCUGUUCAUCCCGAGGAUGAGAGAUAUGCUAGAUUCAGGGACAAAGAGACGAAACUCUGGCAUCCUUUCAGAAACACGCCAAUUCCGCUGGUAUUUGACGAGACUGUGGACAAGAAUUUCGGCACAGGCGCUGUGAAAAUCACUCCCAGUCACGACAAGAAGGACUUUUCCCUCGCCAAGCGUCACAAUCUCCCUCAAGUGGACGUGAUAGAUGAGAAAGGAAAGAUCGUCGAAGGCUUUGGAACAUUUUCUUCCCUUCCGCGCUUCACGGCGCGGGAUAAAAUGAUGAAUUCCUUGGCCGAAUCUGGGCUUCUUCGCCAAACGAAACCCCAUUCGAUGAUCCUACCGCGUUGCUCGCGAUCCGGAGACGUUGUGGAGUACCUGAAGAAGCCUCAGUGGUUCCUCAGAUGCCAGGCAGUUGCCCAGGAGGCUCUGGAGGCGGUGAAGAGCGGCAUGCUGAAGAUCAGUCCGCCAGAGUACGAGUCUGAGUGGUUCCGAUGGCUGGAAAACUGCCACGAUUGGUGCAUCUCGAGGCAAAUUUGGUGGGGACAUCGAAUUCCUGCUUACAAGUGCUCUUCAGGAGAAGAAAUCGAGUGGAUUUCUGCAUCUUCCCUGGCAGAGGCUAUUGACAAGGCCAGGAAAGUGUUCCAAGGAGGGAAAUUGGACAGAAUUGAGAGAGACACCGAUGUUCUGGACACUUGGUUCUCCUCGGGUCUUCUGCCUUUCUCAGUCUUCGGCUGGCCAGAAAAAUCCUCGGAUUUGGAGAAGUAUUUCCCACUGAACUUGAUAGAAACUGGCCAUGACAUCCUGUUCUUCUGGAUCGCCAGGAUGACAAUGUUGAGUCUCUUGCUGACAGAAAAAGUGCCUUUCAGAGAAGUCUUUCUUCAUGGGAUUAUUUGCGACUCGCAAGGAAGGAAAAUGUCCAAAAGCCUGGGAAAUGUUAUCCUUCCCGAGCAAGUGGUGAAUGGCGCUUCUCUUGAGGAUUUGAUCCGACAAACUAAACAGUCUCACAAGAGAGGCGUGAUAAAUGAGGCGGAAAUGAUGAGAUCUAUUGAAGAGUUGUCGAAAAAUCUGCCGAAUGGAAUUCCCGAGUGUGGAAUUGACGCCCUGCGAUUCACUCUGUGCAGUUACAACAUCAAGAAUCACUUUAUUAACUUCGACAUGGCCGAAUGCCUCACAAACAAGCUCUUCUUCAACAAGAUCUGGCAAGCGACGAAAUUCACUAUCAAAGCUUUUGAGAACAUCAAACCUAAGACUGAGGAUUUAGUCAUCAAACACGAAGAUUUGAUGGAGAUGGACAGAUGGAUUUUGGAGAAAUUGGCCUCAACUCAGAGAAUCGUGAGAGAUUCAAUCGAUCAAUACAAUUUCCAUCUUGCAACUGCGGCGCUUAAGACGUUCUUCUACAGCAACUUCUGCAAUGUUUAUCUGGAGACCACGAAAUUCCACAUCAACGCACAAAACUCUCCGGCGAAAGGGCAUCUCUUGACUCUGAGAACGUGUCUGGCCGAGGGAUUGAAGCUCAUGGAAUAUUUCACACCAUUUCUCGCUCAUGAACUGCACAAAUUCCUUCCCAUCGCGCCAGAAAUUGCUGAUCUUCAUCAAAUCCACGUUGGCGCUCAUGUUGAGGAAAUCCUAGAGAUUUGUGCUGCAAUUCGAGGCGUGAAGAGUCAAAAUAACAUUGUGAAGAAGCAAAAUCCUCGAUUGAUUAUCUGGACAGAUUCCUCGUUUCUGGCCAAUGUGAAAAAUCAUGCGGAGAAUAUAAAAACUCUUACCAUGAUUCCAGAACUCAGAAUCAUUGAAGAUCGAGAGGAAUUCGACAGAGAAAAGUGCUCCAUAAAGUCUGUGGCGAAUCAUUUUUGUUGUUUUGGAAUUCACGUUGAAGAAUCGAUAAAAGGGAUCAAAAAAGGCCCUUCGUUUGAGCAGAAAUUAGCCAAAUUGACUGCAAGCUUGCAAAAACUGGAGCAAAUGGCGAAAGAAGAGGGAUAUCAGCGAUCAGCAUCUGCAGAGAAGAAGGAAAAACACCGUGAAAAGAUGAAGCGCCUCGCUGCGGAGAUCGAGGCAAUUAGGCAAGUUCAUCAAUUGUAAACGCACGUGAGUUUGUUUAUCAAUCGACAAUCAUG